CACGCGCAACUACACCGGUAGCCUGGAACCUUCCCGAACCGCCAUUGUCCUGAACACCUCUUGUAUUUAUAACUCUCGUCCCAAGUCCCAAAACAUCCUACCAGAUCAUAUCAUAAACACGAGAAGGCAGAGAGAUCGACCGAGAAAGAAAGGAAGAGAGAGAAGGCACGAUGCCGACGGGUAGGCUGAGCGGUAACAUCUCGCAGGACUGGGAGCCGGUGGUGCUGCGGCGGACGAAGCCUAAGGCGGCCGACCUCAAGUCCACCAAGGCGGUGAACCAGGCGCUGCGUUCUGGCGCACCGGUGGAGACGGUGCGAAAGGCGGCGGCCGGGACGAACAAGAAGGCCUCCGCCACUGCCGCGGCGACCCCCACGCGGAAGCUCGACGAGAUGACGGAGCCGGCGGCGCUGGAUCGCGUGGCGGGCGAGGUGCGGGCCGCGAUCCAGAAGGCGCGCGUGGCCAAAGGGUGGAGCCAGGCGGAGCUGGCCAAGCGCAUCAACGAGCGCGCCCAGGUGGUGCAGGAGUACGAGAGCGGCAAGGCGGCGCCCGUUCAGGCCGUGCUCGCCAAGAUGGAGCGCGCCCUGGAGGUCAAGCUCCGCGGCAAAGCCGUCGGCGCGCCGGUGGCCGCUGGAGCGAAGUGAUAUAUGUCUCGUGCGAGCGUGAGCCGUGAUCCCGUGACAGGUUGAAAGUUGAUCUAUGAUCGGUGGAAUCGUGUAUAUUGCGUUGUUGGCUGUCCGUGUGGUAGGUUGCGAUGCAGUGCAUGUCAGAAAUUUCAUGUCGAGUUCGCGCAAACUGUAAAAUCUUACUGUGAAACCGUUGAUAUUUCUUUAUUGCGAUGAUACUUGAUUGGGGAAAUUUGUGGUAGGACACCCUUA